UGGCAACCAGCGCCAGUCACGUGACCGAGCCCGGACGGUCUGUUGCGGCAAGAGAACCGGCGGCGUUUCUUGGGAGCCUUUGUCGUCCCCGCCGCUGCGAGCAGGAUGUCGGGCAAGGACAGGAUCGAGAUUUUCCCUUCGCGGAUGGCUCAGACCAUCAUGAAGGCCCGUUUGAAAGGAGCUCAGACAGGCAGAAACCUCUUGAAGAAAAAGUCUGAUGCUCUGACUUUGCGAUUCCGGCAGAUUCUAAAGAAAAUUAUUGAGACAAAGAUGUUGAUGGGUGAGGUGAUGAGAGAAGCUGCUUUCUCACUGGCUGAGGCAAAGUUCACAGCUGGAGAUUUCAGUACUACGGUGAUUCAGAAUGUGAACAAAGCUCAAGUCAAGAUCAGAGCCAAGAAAGACAAUGUAGCAGGUGUGACCUUGCCAGUUUUUGAGCAUUACCAAGAAGGAGGAGACAGUUAUGAGCUGACUGGUUUAGCCAGAGGUGGGGAACAACUGGCAAAACUGAAAAGAAACUAUGCCAAAGCUGUAGAGCUCCUUGUAGAACUGGCCUCACUGCAGACUUCAUUUGUUACAUUGGAUGAAGCCAUCAAGAUAACCAACAGGCGUGUGAAUGCUAUUGAACAUGUGAUUAUUCCCAGGAUUGAACGUACACUUUCUUAUAUAAUCACUGAGUUGGAUGAGAGAGAGCGGGAAGAGUUCUACAGGUUAAAAAAGAUCCAGGAGAAGAAAAAAAUAAUAAAAGAGAAGAACGAAAGAGAACAAGAGUUGCGAAGGGUUACUGGAGAGCACGAACCUGCCAAUUUGCUUGCAGAAGACAAGGAUGAAGAUCUUCUCUUUGAAUAGCUGUGUACAUCUGUGAUGAUGCAAGAGAAGACAGAACAGUGAUUCAUUGAGACACAGUUCUGGACCUGCAGUGGUGCUUAUUUAUGAUGUGGUUCUUCAUUUGGUGUAUUAGUCUGUGAUCUAGACUCUCUGGAUUUAAUCUAAGGGUUCUUCUGUUAUGGGAAACAGCUAAUAUUGAUCAUUGAAUACAUGCAUGAAGCAGAAUCAUUUCCAAUUCAGUUUAUCCAUCUCCAUUUCUGUGGCUACAGGAGAACUGGAACCUUUGCUUCUGCAGUGCUUUCAGGUAUUCUUAGACUCUGCUCAUUCCUUUUUCGAAACGGCCAAAUUGUUAUGGGCAGAAGUGCUUGUACACCCGUUUUGUGUUCGCAGUUGAAAUCAGGUACUGCAGGCUUGCAACGCUAUUAAAUGAGAACAGUUAUAGCUGCAUCUUCUGUUACAGUUUAUCUUUCUAGUAAGGAAGGUUCUACUUCUGUUUCAUGUUGUAUCUGCUAGCCUAUUUGCCUCUGCUGCAGGAUCAGUAAAGAAAGCAGUGUCUAAA